AGGUCUCCCUGGCCGAGAUCCAGGAGCAGAAGCGGAUCACCCUUGGCAGCCCCAACGUUGCGCAGACCCGGUUGGACGACGCGGGUAAUUGGACCAUGAUCUACGACGAGGGCUUCGAGGUCAACGUGGACGGGCUCUCGUUCUUCGCGUUCUCCAAGUUCGACCUGAGCUUCGGCCAUGUUGUUUGGCACCAACGGUGCCAAGGCUCUGCGUACGGGCUCGAUUGCUGCAGGUUGGCCGCUUCGGCGCUUUCUGGGUCGGCUUGGAGGAGGGGUUGCUUGGGGCUUGCCAUGUGCGCGCGUGUCUGGGGUCGAUAGCGUGACGCCG